AUGGUCACCUCAACAAGAAAGCAGCCGUAUUUUGGGCUCACUGGAAAAUGGCUUACAUAUUGGAUCACCUUCGCAUGUUCGACAGACAUGCUUCUGUUUGGCUAUGAUCAGGCGUCCUUCAGCGGCGUCAUUGUGACCGACAACUUCCUCGAGGUCCAUGAUUUAGUUGGCCCGGAGAAGACCCAAAUGCUCUCGACCGUCACUGCAAUUUACGAUAUUGGAUGCUUUCUAGGGGCCAUCGUCGCGUUUACAAUCGGCGAGCGACUCGGCAGAACCAAAUCCAUCAUCGUUGGCACGGCAAUCAUGACUCUCGGGGCUAUCUUGAAAUGCACAUCGUAUAGUCUAGCACAGAUGUUCGUUGGCCGCAUCAUUCUGGGAGUUGGAAACGGUAUCAACACAGCCACCGCCCCGAUCUGGCAGACCGAGACAGCACCUGCACAUUGGCGAGGCAAAUUGGUCAUGUUCGAGAUGAUGAUGAACAUCGCGGGCUUCUCCUUAUGCAACUGGAUCAACUACGGCCUCUCCUUUGCCGGCGGUGCUGUUGCCUGGCGAUUUCCGCUUGCAUUUCAGUUCGUCUUCAUCAUUGCGCUAUUCGCAACGGUGCCUUGGCUCCCUGAAUCUCCCAGGUGGUUGAUGUCACAUGGGCGAGAGGCAGAGGCAACUGAAGUCUUGGCCUGCCUCGAGGCAAAGCCCCAAGAUGACGUCCAUGUUGUUUCGCAGAGGGAAGAGAUCCUUUUCAGCAUAAACUACGAGCGAGAGCAUCAAAUUAGAUGGCGAGAUCUGUUGCGGCCACAACCCGGGGCGACCAAACCACUCCGACGACUCAUCUUGGGAGCUGGGACCCAGUUCAUUCAGCAGUUCGAGGGAAUCAACAUCAUGUCUUAUUACCUCCCUACCGUUUUGAUCACUGCUGUAGGACUACCGACCGAGCUGGCUCGACUGCUAACCGCGGUCAACUCCGUUACCUACCUCAUCUUCUCGUGUGUCUCGAUUACGCUUGUGGAGAAAUGGGGUCGCAGAGGAUUGAUGCUCAUUUCAACUGCAGGACAGGGGUUGUCUUUCCUAGUCAUCACCAUUCUACUUAGAUUCGGCGAGGCGGGAGGCAACCGGAAAGCAGCAGAAGGGUCUAUUGUAUUCUUCUUUUUGUACUACAUUGCCUUUGGGGUGGGCAUGCUGGGUAUUCCUUGGCUCUACCCCACCGAGAUCAACUCCAUCGCCAUGCGUACAAAGGGUGCUGCUGUAGCAACUGCUACAAAUUGGAUCACGAACUAUGUGAUCGUUCAGAUCACACCCAUUGGCAUUCAAAACCUGGGUUGGAAGUUCUGGAUCGUCUUCACUGUCUUGAAUGCCGCCUUCCUACCCGUCAUCUAUCUAUUCUACCCGGAGACAGCAAACCGGACGCUCGAAGAUCUUGACGAGUAUUACCGCAAGAACCCUCCGCUCAUUGUCAUCGGGGACAAGGAUGCUAUUGGAACCAAAAGACCUCAGAAGUAUGUCGACCACGAGGAAGCUCAAGUAGAGCGUGUCGCCCACGAAGACGGCGUCACUAAAGCGGCAGACAAGAAAAAAUCACGGACUGAAGCACGUCAUGUGGAGUGA